AUGGUUAGUAUGUUCGGACAGUUCGUUCAUUGUUGCAAACAGCUGGAUCAAGAGAAUUUUUCCUUCCUGCUCAGAGUGGAAAUGAGCUCCCUUGGAUUGAAAGUGGAGAUGAUUUCAGAUCCGGGUGUUGUAGGAGCUAUCAUUCUUUCUCUUUGUCAAGUUCCUGAAGGUCUUGGAAAGAGCGUGUAUUCCCGCUUAUAUGAGUGCCACAACGCCAACACGCAUUUGCUUCGAUCUACAAUGAUUGCAGAGUCUAUACUAUUCAAGAAUGAAAAAAGGUACUCUCUUUACUCCCUCCAUAUGAAGGUAAAUCGGUGUUGGAGCUUGGAGCCGGUGCGUCGAUUCACUUGUGAAUUGGCUCAAAAAGCUGGUGAACCCAUUGCUCUUGACUUCAUUGAUAGCGUAAUUAAGAAGAAUGAAAGUGUGAACGGGCAUUACAAGAAUGUGAAGUUUAUGUGUGCUGAUGUUACAUCCCCUGACCUGAAGAGCACUGAUGGAUCCAUUGACUUGAUAUUAUCCAACUGGCUGCUCAUGUAUCUUUCUGACAAAGAGGUGGAGCUUUUGGUAGAAAGAAUGGUUGGUUGGAUCAAAGUUGGAGGAUACAUAUUCUUCAGAGAAUCAUGCUUCCACCAAUCUGGGGACAGCAAGAGGAAAUCCAACCCAACUCACUACCAUGAACCCUGUUUCUAUACCAAGGUCUUUCAAGAAUGUCAGACACGUGAUGCUGCUGGGAAUUCAUUUGAGCUCUCUAUGAUCGGAUGCAAGUGCAUUGGAGCUUAUGUGAAAAGCAAGAAGAAUCAGUAUCAGCCAAGCCAAAACUCUGUCUAUCAAUAG